AUGAGCUCCCUCGUGCCCAACGCCGCGCCGACGACCCCCUCGCCCCGACGCUCGUCGCCCUUCACCGACGCCAUCGUCAUCGUCCCCUUCGUCGUCGACCCGACCCCGACCUCGGUCCCCACCGUCGCCGUUCGCCGGAGCCGUCGUCCCCGUCCUCCUCCCCAAGGUCCUCCCUUGAGCCUCGCCGCCCCUGGUCUCUACUCGCCCGUGAGGACCCCAACCUCCUCUUUUCCCUCUCGCUCGUCCCCGCACGCUGACCGCCUCGCCACGCCCCGCGACCUCCCGUGCGCGUCCGCACCUGCUGCGCCCGUGGCCAUGCCCGUCUGCGCCGGCAGCCGCGCCCUGCCUUCUGAGCCCGCGGCAACCGCGUUGCCGCUGCUCUCGACUGCGGCGCUCCACGCCCCUGCCGCUCCUUCCCCGUACGCCGCGCCUUGUCUGUCGCCCCGCUUGCGCCGCUGCCGCCGGCGUCCGCCUCUGCUUGCCCCGCUCGCCAGCGCGUGCCCGCCGCUGUGGCCACGCCCGGCCACCACGCGCACUCGCACCGCUCCGGCCGUCGACGCCCACCGCUCUGCUUUCCCCCACCGCGAGCCUGCCUCCUCCCGCGCCUCCCUAGCUGCUCGUGCGCCCGCGCCCGCACGCACACCCUCGUGCGGCCCCACUGCUCCCCGUGCCCGGCGCUGCUCCUGCCGUCGCCGGCCACCGAGGCCCCCCGGGCGCGCUCGCCCUCGCCUCUCGUGA